UCAAAAAGGGGUCUUCUUCUUCAGUCUACCAAAAAUCCAUAGUUUCUUAGAGGCUUUCACAGAGAGGGUAAAGGGGGGGUAGAUUGAGUAAUUUUAGGGACACCCAAGUUGAUAAUUUGUUCCUUCUUUUUGUGGGGUUCAGAUAUUUUAGAAGAAAUUUAAGUUUGGGUGAUUUAAUGGCAGCAAGAAACGUUAUUCAACAGCAAAACAGAGGUGAGGCAGCAGUUCCUGGAGCAAUUAAGCAGAAGAAUAUGGCAGCAGCACAAGGGAGAAACAACCGAAAGGCGCUUGGUGAUAUUGGCAAUAUGGUAACUGUGCGUGGUGGGGUUGAGGGGGUGAAGCCGCUUCCUAAUGUAUCUCGCCCCAUAACGAGGAGCUUUUGUGCACAAUUGCUAGCUAAUGCACAAGCAGCAGCCGAAAACCAGAAGAAAUCUAUGGUUGUAAAUGGGGAUGGACCGAUUGUUGCUAAUGGAGCUUUACCGGUUAAAGCUGCUGCAGUAAAGAAACCAGCUCAGAAGAAAGCAGCCAUUGCAAAACCAAAACCAAAGGCUGAGGUGAUUGAAAUUAGUCCUGAUACUGUAGAACAAGUGAAAGAAAACAAGCAAAAGAAGAAGGCAGUUGAGGAUUCUUCAAUGAAAAAAGCAGCAACUCUUACUUCAACUCUCACUGCUAGGAGUAAGGCUGCCUGUGGACUGAGUCAUAAACCAAAGGUCGAGAUUGUGGACAUUGAUGCUUCAGAUGUGAACAAUGAGUUGGCAGUGCUUGAAUAUGUUGAGGAUAUUUACACCUUUUAUAAGAUAGCUGAGAAUGAGAGCAGAAUUCAUGACUACAUGGAUUCACAGCCUGAGAUAAAUGAAAGGAUGAGAGCUAUUCUGAUUGACUGGUUGAUUGAAGUGCAUCAAAAAUUUGAGCUAAAUCAAGAGACUCUUUACCUCACCAUCAACAUCGCCGAUCGUUACCUCGCUGUGACGACUACAUCAAGGAGAGAAUUGCAGUUAGUAGGCAUAAGUGCUAUGCUCAUUGCCUCCAAAUAUGAAGAAAUUUGGGCACCUGAGGUGAAUGACUUUGUGUGCAUCUCAGACAGAGCUUACUCUCAUCAACAGGUUCUGUCAAUGGAAAAAAGGAUUCUUGGCCAAUUGGAGUGGUACUUAACAGUUCCAACUCCUUACGUGUUCCUCGUUCGAUUCAUCAAAGCUGCUAUUUCUGAUGCACAAGCGAAUGACAUCACUGUCUUAAAUUCUUGCAAUGUGACCUCUAUGGAAAACAUGGUUUAUUUCUUGGCUGAAUUGGGACUGAUGAAUUAUGCUACAAAUAUCUACUGCCCGUCGAUGAUUGCUGCUUCAGCAGUUUAUGUUGCUCGACACGCGUUGCAUUGCAGUCCGUUUUGGAACGACACACUGAAAUUGCAUACUGGUUUCUCAGAGUCUCAGCUACUGGGUUGUGCUAAGUUGCUGGUUAGCUAUCACAUGGAGGCACCAGAGCACAAGUUAAAAGUGAUUUACAAGAAGUAUUCAAGUUCUAGCAGAGGUGCUGUUGCACUGAAUCCUCCAGCCAAAUCCCUGUUGGCUAGUUCUGAAUUUUGUUGAUUCCUUUUCUUUUUCUAAUUUCUGUUAAACAAUGUACUGAGAUUUUAUUUUUAAACUCUCUGAUUUGGAUCUGUUGCCCGAAAGAAAGGAAUAAUUUCAAUUCCGUGGUGAUUUUCUUGAGCAAUUUGGAAGCAGUUUAUA